GGUAUGGCGGCGGGACACUCCGAUUGCUGAGAGGCGCCAGGGAGCCGGCCCUUCCCCGCGGGGGCGCUUGCCCGUCCUCGAGUCCAUCCUGACCAGGUGCCCGCCGGGCCCGAGGUCUGCAGACAAGGUGCUGCCUGAACGAACGGAGGCCCCGCCAUGGCCCAGCAGAGAGCCCUGCCCCAGAGCAAGGAGACGCUGCUGCAGUCCUACAACAAGCGGCUCAAGGACGACAUCAAGUCCAUCAUGGACAACUUCACCGAGAUCAUCAAGACCGCCAAGAUCGAGGACGAGACGCAGGUGUCCCGGGCCACUCAAGGCGAGCAGGACAACUACGAGAUGCAUGUACGCGCUGCCAACAUCGUAAGUCACCAGGUCCGAGCCGGCGAGUCCCUGAUGAAGCUGGUGUCCGACCUCAAGCAGUUCCUGAUCCUGAACGACUUCCCAUCGGUGAACGAGGCCAUCGACCAGCGCAACCAGCAGCUCCGGGCGCUGCAGGACGAGUGCGACCGCAAGCUCACCGCGCUGCGAGACGAGGUCUCCAUCGACCUCUACGAGCUGGAGGAGGAGUACUACUCGUCCAGCUCCAGUCUCUGCGAAGCUAACGAUCUGCCUCUGUGCGAAGCUUACUGGAGGCUGGACCUCGACUCAGACGCUGCCGAUGGCCUCACGGCCCCGCUGCGGGCCUCCCCAGAGCCCAGCGCUGGCCCCCUGCAGGCCGCCGCCACCACCGCCCACUCUCACGCUAGCGGGCCUGGCCCCACAGAGCACGCCUGAGCCUCCGCUCUCCACCAGCCCCUGGGAUCUUAGCAACAAAGCCUGGCGCCCAGCCUCGGCUCCCGCUGGGGAGCUGCUGUGCCUCCUUGGGAAUCCCAUCGGCCCAGCAGGGACAGCCCACCCAGGAGGGUGGAUGGGAGCAGUCCCCCCCGUUUCCAGAGUGGCCCACUCUUCCUGGAGUCCCCUCUGUUCACUGCCCUCUGGGCUGCUGGGUGUAAGGAAGUCUAACAGCCGGCAGACAGGAUGCUGGGACCGAGCCUGCUCUUAAAGUGGGAGGGGGCUCUGCGUGGCCAGCCCCAGCCAAGUCCACACCAGGCCCCAGGCAGCCACCAGGCCGCCUCGCCCCGAGUCCCUGCAGAGCUGGGGCGGGGCCUGGCUGGUUCUGCUGCACACGUUCUGGUGGUUCGCCUUUUGUGGAGACUGCUGAAUAAAAACAGCACGCCUGUGGCUCUGCCUGGUUCUUCUGUGCUCACACCUGACCGCCUGGUCACCUUGACCUCCCAGUGGCUGGGGUCCUGGCUGCAUACUCCCGCAGCCCAGCACCGCCUGGGAUCUAGAUCCUUGACAGGAAUGAAUGAAUAAAGCGCUGAAUGAAUGAAA